AUGACAGUCUGGUCUGCGACUGAUCUACGGUGGCUGGAUCUCGGUUGGUGCACUCUAAUACCACCACCUUGUCACUCGGUAGGAUUUUAUGGGAUUCUUUCAAAUUCGUUCUUCUUGUGUGCGACAUUGCCCUGGGCGGCGGAUGCCAUUUGCGGGACAUCAUUGGAAGGCGUUGCCAGGAUAUAUAAUCUGCUGUGCCCGUGUACUGGAGAGACACUGAAACAACGCCGACCAUAG